AUGGGUUUGGGUUUUAGGCUGAACCUCAAGUGUGGCUUUCCUGUUCAUUCUUCUCACUGGCAAACCACUUCCCCUUCGAAGCUUUCUUCAACUUCGGUUAGAGGCAGGGAGGGCUCUUUCAACUCAGCAAGGUUGUCCUUUCUGUCUGUUAUUUCUGAGGAAGGUGAGGCUUCUAGUAAAGAUCCUCUGAAAGUGUACACUUCUCCAUCUGCUUCCCCACAAAUCUUAGAGGACGGUGUCUCAGAAAUGGAAGAGACAGCCUUUAGGAGGGUGCCAAAGAGUAUUAGUGACAACCAGAUGCCUGUUGCAGAAGGCAAGUUUAUAUCCAGUAAAGGCUUAGACGCAUGCACGGCAUCUCAUUUUAGUUUGUUACUGCAAAAUCUUAAUGUUUUGGAGGAGACUUUUGCUACUUCAGAUGUGUUAAAGUUGGAGAAAGAGAUUCUAUUGCAACUAGCAAGGCUUGGAGCUCUAAAGUUAUUCGAUAUCUGUCUAUCAAGAACUCUUAAAACCUCAAGCUUUUUGGAUUUGUCUGACAUACCUACAGUACCGGUUGAAGAGGGUAAGAUGGAGAGAAAAGAAGAUAACAACGUAUUCGAGAUUAUUGUUCGUUCUGGGAAAAAGGAAGAAAGAAGAUCAAGAAAAAGAACAUCAGAUAAUGCCAUAGUGUCUUCUAAUUCAUUGCCUCCAAAAACAAUUUGGAAAGGUCUUAAAAGGCCUACUCUUUCAUCAGGAAAAAGAGCAUCAAAUUAUAGAAGUAGAAGACUGACCAUUUCUAAAAAUGAGGCAGAAAUGUCAAUUGGGGUUAAGGUGAUCGCCGACUUGGAGAGAAUUAAAGAAACUUUGGAAAAGGAAACUGGUAAAGUAGUGACCUUAAGGUGCUGGGCAGAAGCAUCUGGAGUUCAUGAAAGGGUGCUGCUACAGCAUUUGCGUUUUGGUUGGUAUUGCCAGGAUGAGCUUAUAAGGAGCACUCGUUCCUUAGUUCUAUACCUUGCUAGAAACUAUAGAGGGCUAGGGGUAGCCUUGGAUGAUUUAAUUCAGGCUGGAAACCUGGGUCUCCUGCAAGGUGCAGAAAGGUUUGAUCACUCAAGGGGUUAUAGAUUCUCAACCUAUGUUCAAUACUGGAUAAGGAAAUCAAUGUCAAGAUUGGUGGCACAGCAUGCUAGGGGGGUCCAAAUUCCGUUCACACUAAGCAAGGCAAUAAAUCAGAUACAGAAAGCUCGAAAAGCCAAUUACAACAGCCACAUGAAAUACCCAGAUGAUGAGGAAAUUGCAAAGAUUACAGGUCUUUCUUUGGCGAGAAUCAGAUCAGCUAGUACAUGUCUGAGAGUUGUGGGUUCGGUAGAUCAUAAAAUGUGGGAAAGCUCUGAUGGGACAUAUAUGGAAUUUACACCAGACACAUCACUAAAGAGCCCUGAAGAAACUGUCGUGAGGCAACACAUGAAAAAGGACAUUCAUGAUCUGCUGAAAGGGUUGAAUUUGAGAGAGAGGCAAGUGUUGGUACUGCGAUACGGGCUAAACAACUACGACCCCAAGUCACUUGAGGAGAUUGGCAGGCUUUUCCAUGUGAGCAAGGAGUGGAUAAGGAAGAUAGAAAAGAAAGCUCUGAUGAAGCUGAGGGUUGAAGAAUCCCACAGAUACCUAAGCCAUUACUUGAAUAACUAG